AUGCAAAUAUGGAACUCCUGGCUGACGGCCACAGGAGGUAACUUGGGCGACAUUGAGGAAGCGAUCAAAUGUUACUCUCGUGCACUCGAGCGCACCCCCGACGGCCACCCAGACCUGCCAGACCGCCAUGCUGAUCUAGGAGUGUCAUACGGUAAUCGAUAUCGACGGACAGGAGACGUUGCCGACUUGGAGAAAGCGCUCGAACACAGGUCUCGUGCACUCGAGCUCACCCCCGACGGCCACCCAGACCUGCCACGCCGCCAUGCCAAUCUAGGGGUGUCAUACACCGACCGAUAUCAACGGACGGGAGACGUUGCCGACUUGGAGAAAGCGCUCGAAUGCGACUCUCGUGCACUCGAGCUCACCCCCGACGGCCACCCAGACCUGCCACGCCGCCAUGCCAAUCUAGGGGUGUCAUACACCGAUCGAUAUCGACGGACGGGAGACGUUGCCGAUUUGGAGAAAGCGCUCGAAUGCUACUCUCGUGCACUCGAGCUCACCCCCGACGGCCACCCAGACCUGCCACGCCGCCAUGCCAAUCUAGGGGUGUCAUACACCGAUCGAUAUCAACGGACGGGAGACGUUGCCGAUUUGGAGAAAGCGCUCGAAUGCGACUCUCGUGCACUCGAGCUCACCCCCGACGGCCACCCAGACCUGCCAGACCGCCAUGCCAAUCUAGGGGUGUCAUACGGUAAUCAAUAUCAACGGACGGGAGACGCUGCCGACUUGGAGAAAGCGCUCGAAUGCGACUCUCGUGCACUCGAGCUCACCCCCGACGGCCACCCAGACCUGCCAGACCGCCAUGCUGAUCUAGGAAAAGCGCUCGAAUGCUACUCUCGUGCACUCGAGCUCACCCCCGACGGCCACCCAGACCUGCCACGCCGCCAUGCCAAUCUAGGGGUGUCAUACACCGACCGAUAUCAACGGACGGGAGACGUUGCCGAUUUGGAGAAAGCGCUCGAAUGCGACUCUCGUGCACUCGAGCUCACCCCCGACGGCCACCCAGACCUGCCAGACCGCCAUGCUGAUCUAGGAGUGUCAUACGGUAAUCAAUAUCAACGGACGGGAGACGUUGCCGACUUGGAGAAAGCGCUCGAAUGCGACUCUCGUGCACUCGAGCUCACCCCCGACGGCCACCCAGACCUGCCAGACCGCCAUGCCAAUCUAGGGGUGUCAUACACCGAUCGAUAUCAACGGACGGGAGACGUUGCCGACUUGGAGAAAGCGCUCGAACACAGGUCUCGUGCACUCGAGCUCACCCCCAACAGCCACCCAGAUUUGCCUUGGCGACACUACCAAAUGGCUAUAUCCAAUCUCGACCAAUAUCAGCAUACAGGCGAUCCAUCACAGCUUGACGCUUGCCUGACUUCCUUUCGCCAGUCCUCCAAGCUAUCAACCGCGGUACCACGUAAGGUGUUCGAUAAUGCCUUUCAAUGGGCGAACCUUUCAUCCCAGCACGCUUACCUCUGCCCCACUGAGGCUUUCUGUGCUGCCAUGAACCUCCUCCCUCACUUCAUUUGGCUAGGCGCCACCACCACUCAGCGUUAUCAAGAUUUGAUUCUAACCGAGAACCUGGCCAUAAGAGCGGGCGCUGCUGCUAUUCGGUCAUCAGAGUAUAGUACGAGCCUCGAGUGGCUGGAACAUGGCCGGUGUAUUGUUUGGAGUCAGGCUCUUCUGCUUCGGUCCCCUCUCGACAACCUUGAAGCAUCCGAUCCAGUACUUGCCACUCGGCUUCAGAAGGUUUCCAAACAGCUCCAUCAUGCGGAUUCCGGCUAUCCUACUUCGGAAUCGGUCGUAUACCCUCCAGAGCAUCGACACCGUCUAGCGAGGGAAUAUAGUGGUUUGUUGACACAGGCACGCGCGUUGCCCGGCUUUGAGGAUUUUCUGCAACCCACAAAAGCUGCCGGUUUGACACGGGCCGCUCGGCAUGGACCUGUAGUUGUGAUUAAUUGUCACCAGAACGACUGUGAUGCGCUAGUGAUUAUGCCCGGACAAGAUCAUAUCGGCCACGUCUCUCUCCCUAAUUACACGCAAUCUAAAGCACAGCAUGGCUGGUCAGAGAUAGAACAACUGCUGUGCAACAAGUCACUUCGAGAGCGUGGGUUCAAGCCCAAGGGCGGCCGAGUACGAGAGCCCGACCCAGACAUCGGAUCGGUACUUGCAGAUCUCUGGAAUGACGUAGUCAAACCAGUGCUUGCACACCUGGGAUAUCUGGCCGACCAUACCACCGACCCACUCCCACAUAUCACAUGGUGCCCCACCGGCGCACUUUCCUUCUUGCCGCUACACGCAGCUGGCGACUAUGACCAGCCCCGAUCAAGAGUGUUCGAUUACGUUGUAUCGUCCUAUACCCCGACGCUUACUGCUCUGCUCGCUUCUGGGCCAACCGUGGCGAAUCGAGCUCCUCGUGUGCUUGCUGUUGGACAAAUGGCUACGGCUGGCUACAGCCAGCUACCAGGCACAGCCAGGGAACUCGCAUCUAUCAGGACUCAUACGCAGGAUCGAGCCGAGUACUCGCAGCUCACCGGCAGCAAAGCGACUGCGGCGGCUGUACUUGAUGCGAUGGAGGAGCACGACUGGGUACAUCUUGCUUGCCAUGCUCAUCAGAACGUGACCGACCCGACCAAGAGCGGGUUCUUCCUGCAUGACGGGAGGCUGGACCUUGCUGCAAUCAACCAACGAUCUUUCAGGAACAAGGGACUGGCGUUCCUAUCGGCCUGCCAAACGGCGACAGGGGACGAGAAGCUGCCGGACGAAGCAAUCCACCUUGCGUCGGGGAUGCUGAUGGCGGGGUAUCGGAGUGUGAUAGCGACGAAGUGGUCUGUGGUGGACGAAGACGCACCAGUUGUGGCAGAUGCGGUGUAUGGGCAGCUAAUGAAGGAUGGGGAUAUAGGAAAUGGACAGGCAGGGAGGGCGUUGCACAAUGCUGUGGCGGUACUGCGAGAGAAGGUGGGAGAGAGGAACAUUGCGCGAUGGGCGUCAUAUAUCCAUAUAGGGUCGUAG